AUGUCAAGUAGCGCUCCCGCCAGAAGAUCGUCCGCGACUGCCGCCACGGUAAAUGGACACUCCUCCCCCCGGCGCCAAUCCGGCUCCGGCUCCUCCUCCACCACUACAAGUCCCUCUGCGAGCACAAAGCCCAUACCGAUUGCAAGGGGGACAAAAGGGACACAGACAUACAAUGGCAGAGGACCGCUCUACAAACUUCCACGGGCGGCCACCUUUGACCAGCCCAUUCCUCCAUUGUCAGAAAGAGACAGCAUCUUUGCGGAUCAUUAUGUAUCACCCCGAAAUGAUCCCACCUCUCCCACGCCAGGAGUAGCCCGGACUCCUUCUCCAGAUACCUUCCGGCCUGCUCCUCAAAGUAUGACCACUGUCGUCUCCCGUCCUGUUUCUUCUCCGGAAACACCCAAACUCUCUCAAAUUCAUUCCUCCAGGAAAGCUGAUUGGGUCGGGAGAUCUGACUCCUCCAAUGAGAAAGACAGCGGUUCUCUCCCACCGUCUCGCCCGUCCGUCGGCACGAUACAAGGGAUCAGAAGAAUAGCGUCUGAUGGCCACUCAUGGGCUGACAAGUUUCAUGUGACGGUGGGAUCAGUACAAGGACAGGACGCUAAAGUUCAUGAAGGGAACCCCGCCGAACAAGAGCGCCAUGAUGUGCAGCUUCAAAGUGUGCAGAAGGCUCCGGAACGAGAAGUCCCUCAAUACCUGGUGCCUGAAAGGGGUGGUUCGAUAAGAGCAGCGUUGAAAGAAGGACCCCGGGCAGAGCGCAGCGUAAGCCGCGGUCGAGCCCAUGUUGACAAAAGCAUCGAAGCCACGGUCAAGAACCCAGAGACUGGCGGUACAGCACGAAGCAGAAAAGCCAGCCAUAUGAUGGGAAUUUUCGAUCCUCGAUCGGGCGCACAGACUCCUGUCCAUACACUCAACGAACGUAUUCCUGAGGCUGCUGACAACAAAGAAACCUCUUCGCGUCCUACAGGCCCUAGCACCGAAAGUAAAGACGCUGGUCCAGACUCAGAGGACUAUUUCGACGCUGCCUCCGCGUCAACGCAAGGACAUGGUAGUCUCGCAGGCGCUUUCAAAGCUUCCGGGGCUCCAUCCCCGCAAAAACACCAGCAUGAUCCCUAUUUCCGUCAGCAGGACCUUGCGGAGAGGCCUCACCUGCCCACGACACUGCUAGAAGAGAUCCGGAGUGCCUACCGCACAGAGAAACCGGAGAGGGCGUCGCUCAGGACCCAAGAUGAGUCGGGUAAACGGGAGCAAACUCAUGCCUUUUCGGGAGUCAAGCUCCGUCCCUCGGAUACCCGUGAUGAUGAAGAGGAACGUAUUUCCGCUGCUGUCUAUUACCCUCACCCAGGUCCUUCGCCGGAGGAGAUUGAACAGUUUACAUCUCCCGGAGAGGUUGUUGCCGACCUCGGUAAGCAUGGCGAAGUUCGAACUCCAGCUGCGGAGGCCACGAAACCCUCUAACAACAACGAGGUCGACUUGCCGCGGAGGCCUGAGCACAUUGACAUUUCGGUUGUGUCGAAGAAUGAAAAGAAACUGUUCCACGGAAAUUACCACCCCAUCGACGAAGAGCAACCAGAACGACCCACUCCGGCCUUGUCACCAGUGGAAGAGGCUCCUAGCGCUACGACGAUUAGCACAUCAGAAUCGGAGCUUGAGUCGGGAGAUGAUUUGGGCCCUCAGAGUCAGCAUGAUGAUAUGGCUACCACGCCGACACAGCAAAGUACUUUUCUCAAGAAGCCUAGCGAAGUUGCCGUCCCGAACACGAAGGCAAAGGUCGUCCUGGAGCCGUACAAGCAUCAAGUUGGAGGCCACUCUACAAUCUUCCGCUUCUCGCGGCGAGCCGUCUGCAAGCAGCUCAACAAUCGAGAGAACGAGUUCUAUGAAAGAAUCGAGCAAAGACAUCCCGACAUGCUCAAGUUUCUUCCGAGGUACAUUGGAGUGCUCAAUGUCACUUUCUCCAAAGUGCCCAAGCAGGCUCAGAAUCCCGAAAUUGGGAGCAAGGAUCCAGCCGGGGCAGCGCGUCUCAAUGGCAGCGAUGGUCAGAACAUCGCCGGCAAUAAGAAAGCAGAAUCCGCUGUCCGGCCCGGGAUUUCGGCCCCUUUCGAGAAGCCACGGAUAGUAAGCCACUCACAACAAAUAGGCAGCAUUCCGCAAGUUAUUCUGGAACAAAACAAGCAUAUCAUUCCUUCAAACUAUUUCGCUCUACCGGAGCGACCUCGAAGUGUUGAUCCAAAUCAUGGACGGCGGCGUAGCAAGGAUCUGGAAUUGUCUCCACUGGGCCCGAGGAAUGGCCGGGAAGCUGAGAAGUCACCGAAUCGGCCACCCAUGCCAGAUCAUUCGAGUAGUUGGGGGAACACUUCGGUGAAUGAGGGUUUGAAAGACAAGAUCCUUCGGGAAGUGUUUGGACCACCACCCAUACAGUACUACCGUCGACACCUCCCUUCGCACAGCACAGUGCCCAGACUGAAAGGUAACCAAGGCCCUAGAAGGAGAAGAAGCAAUCUUUCAGUCAACUCAAUACCAGGUGAGGAGUUGAACUCGUCGGAGAGACCCAAAGAGCAACCUCACAUACCCACUUUGAAUGUGAAACAAGCAGAGACACCCACUCCAGCAAAUCACUCCACUAAAGAAGACGAUGUUGCGAAUGGCGUCUACUCUUCUUCAGUCCCGGCAUUGGAAGAGAUGAAAUAUAACCUUGAAAAGGUCAAGACAACAGGUAGUGACGUGUCAAAUAUGUCCGUUACAUCCGGCACAGAAAGCAAACCGCUCGUCAAGAGACGUCACUCCGGCAUGGGUCUCCGACGGCGGCGACAAUCUGUCAACGGCAAAGAGACGGCUGACCUUGAAUAUUUUGAGGACGAGGCGUACGCUACUGAUAUUGGCCCUGACACCAACAGUGAGGUCUUCGCCAUGGAUCAAGAGAAGCAACCAGAUCACGGCAAUAAGAAACCCACAUACUCGGAAACCUCUCAAGAGGCGCCAAAUGAGUCUUUGUCCAAGUCUUCUGAUCCGGCGAAGGCCUCAAUAGUUACGGCAGGUGACUCCAGAGAACAGUCUCAGACAGAUCUUGUUCCCACCAAUCCCAAAGAUGCGCAAUCCUCAAGUAGUGGCGACCGGGUUGUCUAUUUUAUUCUGUUGGAAGAUCUCACCAGUGGUAUGGGACGGCCUUGUGUGCUCGAUCUGAAAAUGGGGACGAGACAGUUCGGCGUGGAAGCCAGUAAGAAGAAGAUGGAAUCUCAGCGACGCAAAUGCAAGACAACCACGUCGCAACAACUCGGGGUCCGGAUAUGUGGCAUGCAGACGUUCAAUGCCAAAACACAAAAGGUGACGUACGAAGACAAAUACUACGGUCGUGAUCUCAAGGCCGGGCGUGAAUUUCGGGAAGCCCUCACCAGGUUUCUGUACGAUGGAGUCAGCUAUGAUAGUGUGGCUCGCCACAUUCCGACCAUCCUGCACAAGCUGUCCAAACUGGAAAGCAUGGUGCGGCGAUUACCUGGGUAUCGCUUCUAUGCGAGUUCUCUCCUGAUGCUGUACGACGCCGAACCUCACAAGUCCCGCGAGGCCGAGGAGGCGGCGCGGAACGGACUGGAUAUUGCUCAAAUCAAGAAGAAGGAGGGCAAGAAGUGGCCGCCGCCCAUAGAGAUCAAGAUUGUCGACUUUGCGAACUGCAUCACCGGCGAGGACGAACUCCCUCCGAACGCGCAAGCGCCGCCAGCUCACCCGCACGAUGUUGACCGAGGAUACUUGCGAGGGUUGAGAACCCUCAAGGCCUACUUUGAGCGGAUCCUGAGUGACAUCAAAAACAAGGAUAUCCAAGAAAAUGGUGGUCGAGGAGAAGAAUUGACUGCCGCCGUGGACGAGUGUACCAAGGUCCUAUCGAACUCCAGUAACGGGGUCGAAGAGGAUGAUGAUGGGGAAGUCAGCGUUUGA